UCAGCUUUCUAAUAAGAGGACACGCAUGUUACUCCUCCUUAUCUUCACCAGUGGUUUUGAAAAUCAGCAGAAGUUUUUAAUAUAUAAAUGAACAGCUAAAAAAAUUCUCACAGAUGAUGGCUGCAGCUUCAGCUGAUUUACUGACCAAUACUCCACGUGAGGAAGUCUUCUGGAGUAACCAAACCAAGCCAGACACAAAUGCCUCGGAAUUUCAGAACAAUGCCAGUUGCCACUUAGAUGAAAACCAGCUGUCACUUGCUUUGAUAGUGUUUUACUCUAUUAUUUUUGUCGUUGGACUGGUUGGAAAUAUUAUAGCCCUAUUUGCUUUCCUAUGCGUUCAUCAAAAAAGGAAUUCUAUCCAAGUUUACUUGCUAAAUGUAGCUAUUGCAGACCUUUUGCUGAUCUUCUGUCUUCCCUUCCGAAUAUUCUAUCAUGUUACCAAAAAUACCUGGAUAUUUGGACGGAUUUUAUGCAAGAUUGUAGGAACUCUAUUUUAUACAAACAUGUAUAUUAGCAUAGUACUAUUGGGACUAAUUGGUCUAGAUCGUUAUGUAAAAAUAAAUAAGUCUGUGAAACGUCCUAAAAUGUUAACUGCUACAAGAAGUAUACAUAUCUGUUGCAUCGUGUGGGCAAUUGCACUAACAGGAUUUAUAAUAGUAGUUGCACCAUCUCUCCUCAAGAGUGAGGACAGCAAUUCCACUAUGUGCUUUCAUUACCGAAAUAAAAAGAAUGCAAAGACAGAAGUAAUUUUAAAUUAUAUUACUGUAAUCAUCUUUUGGAUCGUUUUUUUCCUUUUGUUACUUUCAUAUGUUAAAAUUGCCAAGAAUCUUCUGAAAAUUUCGAAGAAAAGAGCAGAUUUUCCCAACGCAGGAAAAUACACUCAGACAGCAAGAAAUUCCUUCAUUGUACUCAUUAUUUUCACCAUCUGUUUUGUUCCUUACCAUGUGUUCCGAUUUGUCUACAUUACAUCACAGUUACAAAAUCCAUCUUGUUAUUGGAUGGAAGUAAUUCACAAAUCAAAUGAGGUGAUGCUCGUAUUUUCCUCUUUUAACAGCUGCUUAGACCCAGUUAUGUAUUUCCUAAUGUCCAGAAGUGUUCGUAAGACUGUAUUUCAACUUCUUUGCAGAAGACUUCAUGGAGAUUUAGGCCUAACUCUAGAAAGCACUUCAGACAUAAAACUUGGACAAUAUACACAUGAGAGAUUAUCUACUACCACUCCCCACUCAAGCUCUUUAAAGAAGAAGUCGUCUCUGAUUUGAUUGUUUAAAUGAAAGGAUAUUAGUUUCUCUCUGUCACUUCAGGAGAGCAAUUUAAGAUUACGAAAUGCUAUACUGUACAGCUACUAAUCCUGCCUCUUUCUUCGUGUUAGAAAAGAGAAGUCUUACUUCUCUCUGUGAAAAUGAGAAGUUACUUUUCAGAAGUAUUUUGCUGUUGUUUAUCCAAGAAAACAAAAUAGGAAGUUCUGAGACACCUUCUGUUGGACUAAAAUAGAACACUAACUCUUUAAGGAGAUUUCCACGAUGUGGUUUGAACCUGUAUAAGGAAUCUUGUAUGUAGAAGUUAAUAUUACCAACUUGUCUUUGUAAAUGCAAUUUGCAAAAAGCGAAUCAGGUCUUAUUUGAAAAAAAAUAUAUAAACCAACAUAGAUUUUAUGUACUUCUCUAUUUUAACAGGUUUCAAAGAGAUCAGCAUUUAAACUACAUUUAUAGAAGCAUUUUUUCCAAUAAAAUAUUUGAGCAUUUAGCGACAUUUGUGGUUUAAAAAUGAGGUGAAGAAUACAACUGCCAUGAAUUCAGUUAUAAUUACAGAAGAUACAUUUAGCUUUAAUAAACAGCAAAAUUUAAAUAUUCAAGCUUGCUAAACCCCUUUUUGUAAUCUUUAAUGUUAAUUAAGGUUGAACACCUGAGGAAAAUUAGAAAUUAAUGAAGGAGAGAUGACAUAUGAGUAUUUUCAGUUACCUAAGAUUUCCUUCAAACUGCCAAAUUUGGUGACUGCAGCUACACAAAGUAGUCAACAAGGAAAAUAAAUUCACAGAACUGAACAUAAAGAGCAGAACAGAAAAAUUAGCUCUUGUGAACCCCUGAUGCAUCAGCUCUGAUCUUUGCUCAAGCUCAGUCACCAGAUUUCAAAAGCCACACAUUUCAGCUGAGCAUUUCUUCCCUGGCAAAGGCCUUCUCUUUUCAUGUGACUAACAUAAUUCUGAUAUUUGCUGAUACUAUGUAAAUAGUGAUGUAAGAGCAAUGUCCCACAGGUACAAUUAUAUUCUCUGAUUAAAACCAAACACUUUUACGUAUUUAUGUAUUCAAAACUGUAACAUUUGAUUACAAAGAAGAAGGCUGAAGGUGGGGGUUGUUUCACCCAAAGGUGAAUAAAGAGGCCAUGAAAAAAAUGUCUGGCAUGACAGGCCAGAAAAGUGAACAAAUUAGACCCUAGAUGUUAACCUCCAUAAAAAAAGGGUUUAUUAUCCCAAAUACAUACAAGCAAUAUUGCUCAAAUAAGCUGGUGUAAAGAAGUUGGUUUUAAUCUGACUACCAGCAACUUCUCAGACGGAUCAUGUGACUUUUUAUGCCAACCGUGUCAAAACCCGAAAAUUGUUACUAAUUCUGUAUAAUAUUCGGUUUUACAGAAGUUACUCAUAGAACUGCUAUUGAACAAAGUAAA